AUGCCCCAGAACGAGCAUAUCGAAGAGCACAUUAAGCGUCAUGGAAGACGUCUUGAUUAUGAAGAGCGCAAGCGUAAGAGAGAAGCUCGUAAGGUCCACAAGGAUUCUCAGUAUGCUCAGAAGGUACAUGGUCUCAAGGCCAAGUUGCACAACCAGAAGCGUCGUGCCGAGAAGAUUCAGAUGAAGAAGACCAUCAAGAAGCACGAAGAACGAAACGCAAAGACCAAGACCGCCGACGCUGUUCCCGAAGGUGCUGUUCCUGCCUACCUUUUGGAUCGUGAAGGCCAAGAUCGUGCCAAGAUUUUGAGUAACAUGGUUAAGCAAAAGAGAAAGGAGAAGGCAGGCAAGUGGUCUGUUCCUUUGCCCGCUGUUCGCGGUAUGGCAGAAGAUGAGAUGUUCAAAGUCGUUAAGAGUGGAAAGAGUAAGACCAAGUCGUGGAAGCGUAUGGUCACAAAGGCUACCUUUGUUGGAGAUGGCUUCACUCGUAAGCCCCCGAAGUACGAGCGUUUCAUCCGUCCUAUGGGUCUUCGUUUCAAGAAGGCACAUGUUACCCACCCAGAACUCAAGGCAACCUUCCAGCUGCCAAUUAUCGGUGUCAAGAAGAACCCUCAGUCACCUCUUUUCACACAUCUUGGUGUUAUCACCAAGGGUACCGUAUUGGAAGUCAACGUAUCAGAACUUGGUUUGGUAACCACUGGUGGUAAGGUUGUCUGGGGUAAAUAUGCCCAGGUCACCAACAAUCCUGAAAACGAUGGUUGUAUUAACGCCGUUCUCCUUGUCUAA